GCGGGGUUCACCGCUUGCCGGUUCGGCCUUUCAGUCUGUGGCAAGCCAGGCGGGAAAACGAGCGAGCGAGGGGUUGGGGACCGGCCGCCAGCAGCGACUACCGGCAUGUUCAGCUGGCUGAAGCAGGGCGGGCGCCAAAGGCCCGGCGAAGGCGAGGAUGUGGUGGAGACGGUGACUGGCGGCUUGAAGGAGCUUUACGCGAAGAAGCUGCUGCCUCUGGAGGAGCAUUACCGUUUUCAUGAGUUCCACUCACCCGCCCUGGAGGACGCUGACUUCGAUAACAAGCCCAUGGUGCUCCUCGUGGGUCAGUACAGCACCGGGAAGACCACUUUUAUCAGGUACCUCUUAGAGCAAGACUUUCCAGGAAUGCGAAUUGGCCCUGAACCAACUACAGAUUCUUUUAUUGCUGUCAUGUAUGGAGACAUUGAAGGGAGUACUCCGGGAAACGCUCUCGUUGUGGAUCCCAAGAAGCCAUUCCGCAAACUCAGCCGUUUUGGAAAUGCUUUCUUGAAUAGGUUCAUGUGUGCUCAGUUGCCCAAUCAGGUUCUGAAGAGCAUCAGCAUCAUAGAUAGCCCUGGAAUUCUUUCAGGAGAGAAACAGCGCAUCAGUAGAGGUUACGACUUCUGUCAUGUCCUGCAGUGGUUUGCUGAGCGGGUUGAUCGUAUCAUCCUUUUAUUUGAUGCCCAUAAACUUGAUAUUUCUGAUGAAUUCUCGGAAGCAAUCAAAGCAUUCCGGGGUCAGGAUGACAAGAUACGGGUGGUGUUGAAUAAGGCUGACCAAGUGGACACCCAGCAAUUAAUGAGAGUAUAUGGUGCACUCAUGUGGUCUUUGGGCAAAGUGAUCAAUACCCCAGAGGUACUGAGAGUUUAUAUUGGUUCUUUUUGGGCCCAGCCCCUGCAAAACACAGAGAACCGAAAAUUGUUUGAAGCAGAGGCACAAGAUCUGUUCCAAGACAUUCAGAAUCUUCCACAAAAGGCAACCGUGAGAAAACUGAAUGAUCUGAUCAAGAGGUCACGGCUUGCAAAGGUGCAUGCUUAUAUAAUCAGCCAUCUGAAGAAGGAAAUGCCUUCAGUAUUCGGAAAAGAAAACAAAAAGAGGGAACUGAUCAACCAACUACCUGAGAUUUAUCAUCAGCUGCAACAAGAGUAUCAGAUUUCACCAGGAGAUUUCCCUGAAGUCAAGAAAAUGCAGGAACAGUUGGAGAACUAUGACUUCACCAAAUUCCACUCACUGAAGCUAAAACUAAUAGAAGCCGUUGAUAACAUGCUGGCCAAUAAAGUUGCUUAUUUAAUGACUCUGGUUACCCAGGAAGAACGUAGCAUGCCAACACAGAAGGUUCAAGGUGGGGCAUUUGAUGGCACCACAGCAGGACCAUUUGACCACGGCUACGGGGAAGGUGCCAAGGAAGGAGCUGAUGAGGAAGAAUGGAUUGUUGCCAAAGAUAAACCUGCAUAUGAUGAAAUCUUUUACACUCUCUCACCAGUCAAUGGUAGAAUCUCUGGGGCCAAUGCAAAGAAGGAUAUGUUGACCUCCAAACUGCCAAAUAGCGUCUUGGGGAAAAUCUGGAAACUUGCCGACUGUGAUAAUGAUGGCAUGUUGGAUGAAGAGGAAUUUGCAUUAGCAAAACAUCUCAUCAAGAUAAAAUUGGAGGGAUAUGAACUCCCUAGUAGCUUGCCCAUCCAUCUGGUACCCCCAUCCCAUAGAAAAAAUUUGCAUGGAAUAGAGCGGUAAUUGAAUUGUGACACUCAAAAGUUAACACUCAAAAUGGUGAAACUGUUACAUAGAAAAACCUCUAAGAAUCUUUUUAAUACACUUGAACAGUACAAUAAUCUGCCAAUAUUUUCAGGGCCAUAUCAAACAUUAAACUUUUCCUAUACAGAAAUCACUUUUGUAUUUUAAAAAAAGCACACAGACAUAAUUGGCAAUGAGAAACUAUAAUUAAUUUGGCAAUGUAUCCAUGUAUGCACAGUUGUAUCCUAUAUAGAAUUUCUGAUUUUCAAAAUACACCUGAAUUAGAUGUCAUACUCUGUGUAAGCUACAGGAACCAGUAACACAGAUUAGAGCACAGAUUACUUUUAUAAAUACAUAACCCUU